GGAGAUUUUAGAGCUUAGAAAACAAACAACAAUAUAACAUUCUAUCCCCUUUAAUCCUUUUCUCAUAGUACCAAUCGCAAGUACCUUAGUACCUUCCCACAGAAGCUCAGCUCGGCCCGUGCACAAACCUUAAGCUAGACCCAAUUAAAAUCCACGAUUGUAAAAGUACUUUCGUACCCCUGUCAAUAUCGAACAUCACCAGUUGCCAAACCUCAAUCCCACCAUAAAAACACCCGUUGUCCGCCUCAGGCCCGAGCAAUUGAAGGAUGGCGGGAGGCAUGACCAAGUACCGACACUUAAGUCGGAAGUCCUCACAUCGACAGGCCUUACUGCGAAAUCUGCUGACGGCCCUCGUCCAGCACGAGCGAGUCCACACGACAUGGCCCAAGGCCAAGGAAACCCAGCGGUUAGCCGACAAGCUGAUCACCAUCGCGAAGCGGAACAAUGAGACGAGUAGGCGGAAGGCUCAGGGUAUUUUAUACACCCCACAAGCCCUAAUGCCCAAGCUCUUCGGCGAGCUACGCCUGCGCUACGCCGACCGGCCGGGCGGAUACACGCGGGUGCUACGCACGGAGCCCAAAUCGCGGUACGACCAAGGCGCGAGCGCGAUCCUCGAGCUGGUCGACGGGCCGCGGGACCUGCGGUUCGCGAUGACGGCGGGGGCCGUCGCGCGGGACCAGAAGCUGGGGCGCGAGCACAAGCCCAUCACGCUGAUGAACCGCGCCAAGGUCACGCGGUACCGCAAGGACGGGAAGGAGGCCUUCGAGGAGAUGGUCAAGCGGGUCUCGAAGAUGAGCUUGGAGAAGAGGACCGUGGACGUGCGGAAGGGGUCGCCGCAUGUUUGAUUUGACGGCGGUUGAGAGUAGUAGGGGAGGAUGCCGAUAUCCUUGACUAGGUCAGGCUACCUUGGAUGCCGGAGAGCUCGGGUUUGAUCGCGAGGGGUGGUGGUGGUGGUUUAGAGCACGAUAUAAACCGCUAUAUCAGCUUGCUCUGAACUUGCUCUGAAAGACGGUCGAAUGGCCUGGCUUGAACAUAGGAGGUGCUGUACGAAAUAUGUACCAAUACUACAGCCCAUACGAACAAAAGAAUAAUUCACAACUAU